AUGACUACUUAUACUUUAGUUCUUUUAAGACAUGGUGAAAGUACAUGGAACAAGGAAAACAAGUUCACAGGAUGGACCGAUGUUCCUUUAAGUGAAAAGGGAGAAGAAGAAGCAGUAGCUGCUGGAAAAUACCUUAAGGAAAAGAAUUUCAAAUUCGACGUUGUUUAUACAUCAGUUUUAAAGAGAGCAAUAUGCACAGCCUGGAAUGUAUUAAAAACAGCUGACCUUUUACAUGUUCCAGUUGUUAAAACAUGGAGAUUAAAUGAAAGGCACUAUGGUUCCCUUCAAGGUUUAAACAAAUCAGAAACAGCCAAGAAGUAUGGAGAGGAACAAGUCAAAAUAUGGAGAAGAUCUUAUGAUAUCCCUCCACCAAAAUUAGAUAAGGAAGAUAGCAGAUGGCCAGGACACAAUGUUGUAUAUAAAAAUGUACCAAAGGAUGCAUUACCAUUUACUGAAUGUUUAAAAGAUACUGUUGAAAGAGUUUUACCAUUUUGGUUUGAUCACAUUGCACCUGACAUUUUAGCAAAUAAAAAAGUUAUGGUAGCUGCUCAUGGAAAUAGUUUAAGAGGAUUAGUCAAACAUUUAGAUAACUUAAGUGAAGCUGAUGUAUUAGAACUUAACAUUCCAACAGGUGUACCUUUAGUUUAUGAAUUAGAUGAACACUUAAAGCCAGUAAAACACUAUUAUUUAUUGGACAGUGAAGAAUUGAAAAAGAAGAUGGAUGAAGUAGCCAACCAAGGAAAAGCAAAAUAA